UGCCUGCUCUGUCUGGGCGCUCUCUCCCACCUCCUCAUCUCAGAUAAAUCACCUUCCCCCCCAAUCUCUUCCAGACCAGAGAAGUAAGGAGAGCGUGCACAGAUUUGCCUUCUAUCAGUCGACAGGUGUCUCUGCUGCUCAGCACCUGCAGAAUUCCGAGAAGGCCACAUCCUCCAUAGGACAAAAGGAGCAGCAGUAAGCAGGCAGCAUUAUGUCAAGUCUAGAGGGGAGCCCUGAACCGGGACAAGAUGACCAGAACUAUGAUGACUGGUAUAUCGAUGAUUCCCAAGAGCCAACAGUGCCACCUCAUGAGAUAAUCUUACCGUGUUUCCCAACAUUGUCUGAUGGAUUAUAUCACCUUAUUCUUGCAUCUGUAUCUCUUUGCACUUUGCUGUUUCUGUGUUUCCUGAUUCGGAGGCAAAAGCUUUGCACCUCUUUCUGUUGGGGCGUCCCUGGUGUUCUCAGCCCCUUGAAUCUCUUAGAAGGUUCUGGCAACAACUGGGUGCCCUGUGCAGCUUUUGGGUUGCUGUUUUCCUCAAUCUUUCGGAUGCUUUUAGACCCUACUGCUCUCAACUUCAUUCCAUACAGUGACGGGGCUCACAAAGAGUUUUGGAAAAUCCUUGCCCUUUUCUAUUACCCUGCAUUGUACUACCCGCUUCUGGCAAGUUAUAGUGUGCAAAGAAUACCUGGGUACAUAGUGGGCACCAUCUUAUCCUGGAUGCAUUGUGGAGCAUUAAUAUGGCAGAAAGUAGAAUGCCCUCAGACACCACAGUUCUACAGUUAUUACUCCUUAUUAGCAACUGUGCCCCAGAUCUGCUGCCUUAUUCUGCUGAGCAUCAUCUACCCUACGCUUCUCCUUCAAAAACUACGCCAGCCCUCGCACUCCAAGCAGAUGUCUGAAAGAAAUUAUUAUCUCAAAUACCUGAAAAAACUUCUGAGGCGCAAAGCAUCCAAAACCAGCAAAGACUCGGUCAGUAUUGGCUCCCAGGUGUCACUGAAUCUCUGUUCCUAUCUUUGUUCUUCCAAUAUAGGCUUUCGCUUAUCACAAAGAUCCUUAAUGGCAGCUACUGUAUCUGUACUAUCUGCUUAUCAGGUGGCCCUCCUUCUUCUGGUAGGAUUCCUCCCAACAGUGAAAAAGAUCCGGAGUUCUAUUGAUGCGGAGUUUAUACUCAUGUUGGCUGGCUUUGGAGUACCUGUGGAUGAAGAUAAGGCAAAAGCUGUGGACUACAUUGUGUACUAUAUCUGGACAGUGGAAGUAUGUUACAUUGCCGCAAUGGUGUUGUCUUGUGCGGUGACAGUGACAAUGCUGCUGCGAUCACUAGUCAAACACAGAUGGGCGCUACAGUCUUUAUGUGCUGGUAAGGUCACCCAGGUCUUUCUAAAGCCCCGCUCUCUCCAUCCAUCUCCACCAGCUCUGGCCAGCUGGAUGAGUCACAUUAGUUACCAAGCGGCUGUGACCUGUAUAGGUCUCAUUCUGCAGCACGUCAUCCUGUUUCUUGUUCACCUGAUUGUUACAUUCCUUAUCAUUAUUCCAAUCGCAUAUGGAAAGUUCCAGAUUGUUCUUCCCAUUCUAGAAAGAACGUGGCCAUUUUGGUUACUUUUGCUACUGGUCACAAUAGUUCAGCACCUUUCUACACGCUUCAUCUUCCUGCAAGGAAGUCCAUGGCAAACUACUAACAGGAGAGUUCUCUUCCUAUUCACAUAUAUCUUCCUCCCGGUGAAUAUUUUACGCGGUGGAUUGCUCGCAAUCGCCCGGCUUGUCAUCUCACUUACCUUUAAUGUCAUACACUUCUGUCGCCUGGACUUGAGUUUACUGCAACACAGCGUACAAAGCUGGGACCCAGGCUACAGGAAUUAUUGUAAUUUCUUGCUGUUGGAGGUCACUGAGUGUCAUCCACUGGUUACUGCUUUUUGCUUGCUCCUGAAACCCCCUUGUUGGAAGAAGCCUGACCUAGAGGAAGGAAUUCACCUGAUGCCAGCAGAUGGUCGAUCAGCAAAAGGAGCACGUUCUCACUUAGCCAGAGCUCGCUGGGGUCUUGCAUAUACUCUAAUUCACAACCCAUCACUUGUCAGUCAUCGGGGAUCCAGAACCAUCAAUGGAGGAUCUCCUCCAUGUUCUAAAUAGCACCUGGUCAACAACCAUGGACAUUCCAGUAACAUAGUCUACCUCCCAUCCCUUCCCUCCUAUCCCCUAGAUGCACUGCUGGGCAGGGUGGGGUUUUGUAGGGGGAUGGUGGCUCCUUUAUUUUUGUAGUUUAGUAAAGUUUAUUUCUCCAAGAAAACAUUGUUUUUUAAUGGUUUCUGUCUAUAACUUAAAUCCCUUUAAUGAACUUAUUUGUUAUUUCCAGUAAUUUUACUGUGCAGCCCUGUUUCGUGUUUUAUAUGUACUACUUAAUACUGUAUGUGUGUUGUCUACAUUAUAUGUCCUAUGUCUUCCAUAUAUUUGUCCAGUGCUCACAAUACGAACUGUGAAUUUUACGCUGCAAGAAUAUACACUACAGCAGUUUAUAGUUUAUAUGCAGAAUGUGUUUCUUCUGUUGGAUAUCAAAUAUAGAAUAUCAAAAAAAAGUCUUAGAUAC